AUUUCCUCUCAUCUCCGGAUCCAUUUGUAGCCAAAAUUCUGCAUUUGAUAAGCCAACAAUUAAUUAUUAUCUGUACACGUACUCAUCGUCACAAUGUCACAACCUUCAAGACCAGAGUAUUUCCUGGAAUGCGGCCAGGGGCAUUCAUUCUACCAAACUCUGGAAAGCCAGUCCUAACCUAACCAUCAACACUCCCUACAACGCAGCAUCAAACAGCUCGACUGCAACCAUCAAUGAGAAGUCCAGUCAUCAACACCAGCGAAUAUGCCGAUACCAAGGAGACCCGCACCCAGCUGCUCUCCGGGUACAGGCUGGCGAUGGCCAUCAUCAGCCUGGAUAUCCUUGUGUUCCUGUCGGCUAUCGACAUGACCAUCGUGGCCACCACCUACAUCCCCAUCGGCGACAAGUUUGGGUCGGUGGAUCGCGCCGAGUGGAUUAUUACCAGCUACCUGAUCACCACAACGGCCAUCCAGCCCAUCUACGGCAAGAUCUCUGACGUGAUCGGACGCGUCGAGACCAUCGUCAUGGCGAUUGUGUCCAACUCGCUCAACAUGCUGAUUGCCAGCCGGGCAAUCAAGGGCCUGGGCGGCGCCGGGCUCAUGAGCAUGGCGCUGAUAGUCAUUGCCGACAUCAUGAACGAGCGCCAGCGCGGCAAGUACGUGGGCAUUUUCUCGGGCACCUGGGGGCUGGGCUCGGCCAUUGCGCCGAUGAUUGGCGGCCUCAUUGUCGAGAAGAGCAAGUGGCCGGUGGUGUUCUGGAUCAACAUCCCGUUCUGCGUCAUCUCUGCCGCCCUCAUUGUCAUGCUGCUGCGGAUUCCGCGGCCCAAGGGGUCGAUGCUCGAGAAGCUGAAGAAGGUCGACUUUAUCGGCUCGCUCCUGUCGCUGGCCGGGCUCACCCUGGUGCUGCUGGCGCUGACCUGGGGCGGCCGCGACUACGCGUGGUCAUCGGCUGCCGGUGGUUACAGGUUUGCGGUGGAGCCCAUCAUGCCCAUGCACCUGUUCAACCGGCGCAACGUGAUUCUGUGCUCGCUGGCGCACAUUUUCUUUGGCUUUGGCGUCAACGGCCCCAUCACAUUCAUUCCGAUGUGGGCGCUGGUCGUCAAGCACGCGUCAUACGUGACCUCGGGGCUGUAUCUGCUGCCGUUCUCCAUCGCCAUGGUGAUUUCGUCGGUGGCGGGCGGGGUCCUGGUCAGCCGUCUGGGCAGGUUCCGCGAGAUCAUCUGGUUCGGCGCAGCGAUGCUGACGCUAGGCAACGGCCUCCUGAUCCUGCUCGGCACCGAUGCCAGCCUGGGCAAGAUCAUCGGUCUGCUUGUCGCCGGAGGACUUGGGUUCGGCAGCUGCAUCCAGACGCUGACGCUUGCUGCGCAGUCGGCAGUCACUGGCAAGGACCUGGCGGCAACGACAACAGUCAACCUGUUCUUCCGCUCGCUGGGCCAGAUUCUGUCAGUGGCGGUCAUGAGCAACAUUAUCCAGAACAAGCUGCGCACCGAGAUCGGCGAGGUGGUGGCGCGGUUCCCAGCACACAUGCACGAGAUUCUGGAGGUGCUCAAGGACCAGUCGACGAUCAGCAGCUCGGGUAUGCCUGAGAGCGUCAAGGCUGCGAUCCAGUUUGCGUACUGGGACUCGCUGAAGGUCGGGUUCAUUGCGCUGACUGCAUUCACAGGUGUGUUCUUGCUGCUGACGCUUGGUAUCCAGCACAAGGAGCUGGAGACAACGCUCAAGAAGACGAUUGAUGACUAUUCGCUCACCAAGCGGCGGAUCGGCCUCGGCAUCUACUACCUGCUCGCCGUGGUCAAUUCCUGGCAGACGGUAAAGUACGCUGUCAAGCCCACCACCACGCUGCUUAUUGCGUACCCAACAAUCUCCGGCUCGCGCACGGCCUUCUACGGCCUGCUGCUGUCGACGCUGGGCGACAUCUUCCUGAUGAUCCCGCGCGAGGACAUGUUCGUUCCCGGCCUUCUGUCGUUCCUGGUCGCGCACAUCCUCUAUAUCUCGGCGUUCAGCGCGCGCUGGAGGAUGUCAUGGAGCAUCGUGCCGCUGAGCGCGUACUCGGCGAUCAUGGUUAAUCUCUUGUACCCGGGUGUGGCCAAGGAGGAGGCGGCGGUGCAGAUUGGCGUCGUGGUGUAUGUUCUGGUUAUCACGGCUAUGGUGUACAAGGCAUCGCUGACGGGCAGCGGCACGCUGAUCUUUGGCACUAUUCUGUUUGCGAUCUCGGACUCGGUGCUGGCGUGGAACAAGUUCAUUGCAGUGCAGCAGUGGGGCGAGUUCACGGUCAUGCUCACGUAUUAUGCGGCGACAGCUUACACAUAG